UGCCCCCCCCCCGACGCCGCUCUCUCCCCCGCAGCCCCCCCCUCUCUGGAUGCGGGGUCCCCUGGGUGGCGGCGGGGGCGCGGGGGGCUCAGGCCAUGGCUGAGGGCCCCCUGGCCCGCGCCAUCCGCGCCAAGCUGGAUGCGGCCCUGCAGCCCACCCACCUGCAGGUGCUGGACGAGAGCCCCCGCCACGGCGGCCCCCCCGGUGCCGAGAGCCACUUCCGGGUGGUGGUGGUCAGCGAGCGCUUCGCCGGGCUCCCCCCGCUGCAGCGGCAUCGCCUGGUCCACGCGGCGCUGGACACCGAGCUGGCCGGCCCCCUGCACGCCCUCGCCAUCGUCGCCAGGACCCCCCAGCAAUGGCAGCAGGACCCCCCACGUCCCCCCCCGCCCCCCUUGCCUGGGGGGGGUCUAAGCAGGAGCAUCCCGCCGGCGGGGAGCGGGGGGCACCCCCGUGAUCAGUGAUGGUGGCGCUGGGGGAGCCCCCCACCCCGUGAUGCUGCGGGGGGGGGGGUAGAGCCCUGCGGGGGUGGGGGGCAGUUGGGGUGACCCCCCCCUCCCCCCCUUGGUAUGGCACCCAGCCACCCCGUGGGUCCCAGCCUGACCCCAUCCUCUGCACAGCCCCCCCUGCCCGCUCCCACCUUGGGGGGCUUUGGGGGUGCCCCUCUGCCCACUCCCACCUUGGGGGGGGGUUAGGGGUGCCCCCCCCACCUGCUCCCCAUCAUCUGCACAACCUCUCCCCUGCUGCCCACCCCCACCUUGGGGGGGGGGGGUGCCCCCCUCCCUGCUCCCUACCUUGGGGGAUUUGGGGGUGCCCCCCCCCGCCCACUCCCACCUUGGGGGUGCCCCCCCCCCCACCUGCACCCUGUCCUCUGCACAACCCCCUCCCCACCCGCUCCCACCUUGGUGGGUUUUGGGGUGCCCCCCCCCCCCUCCCCGCUCCUUACCUUGGGGAGGGUUGGGGUGCCCCCCCCCUCCCACUUUGAGGGGGUUAGGGGGUGCCCCCCUCCCUAUUCCCACCUUAGGGGUAGGUCUGGGGGUGCCCCCAUCCCUCUGCAAAACCUCUUCCCCCUGCUGCCUACUCCCACCUUGGGGGUGCCCCCUCCCCUCCCACCUUGGGGGGGGGCUUUUGUGGGUGCCCCCCCCCUCAUUUAAUUUCGAAGGCGCAUCCUCCCUCCUGCACCCCAAAAAAUAAACGCUCCCUCGGGGGCAGCUUGGAAA